AUGAAUGAAAAGCAGCUUUUUCAGUCUAGGGAUGCAGUUAAACAGUACCAGGGCCUGUUGGCUUGUAAAAUGUCAAUGCUUCUUUGGCACUAUUUUCUAGCCCUGCAUGUCAGUUCCUUGCAUGUUGAAUUAAUGUACUUUCACGGUGUUCAGUAUUCCUUUUUGUCUCACUUAAACAUGAGAAGCAUGAAUCCCAAGAGGCUAUCUGAAUUUUCCAGUUCUGGGACAAAAAUCACCUGGACUGGUGUUGGUCUAGUGGUGGAGAAGAUGAGUUUUCCAUCUUUAUCGUCCCCCUCGAAGAGAGAGCUCAAAUGGAGGGAUCGGUGUCGGAUUCUGAGUCCGACACUGAAUCCUUUGGGCCCCCAAAGCAUGGUGGUCUGGGGUCUCCCAGAAUUGGAUGCGGGUGAUCAUCCAUCCCUGAGACUUUUCCCUGCCACCCUGCAGGUUCUGCAGGGGCACCAAACACUGGAGAAUAAACCCCCCCUGAAGUCAUUACUGGAUCAUUGGCCCCCUUUUAGAGGGCCAGGAGCCCUGGGGGGCAAUGAGUCCAGCAGCCUUGCCCAGGGGAGGGCAGAGACACCCGUCUGCAGGUCCUUCUCAUGCUCAGUGCCAAAACUUAGAAGAAAAUUUGUGAAGCUAUAUGACACUGUAAUGAAGUCAUUAAAGGAUCAUUUCUUCCCUUCACUGAUGGAGAAGCUGGUCUUCUUUAACUUUUGGAAUGCCCCCUUUCUGGCGAAUCUGAAGAAUCCCGAAUCGCGGAUUCCGCAUACAGUGAACUUCUACGUGAGGCCUGAGCCUGGGGUGACCUUGGGAGUAUGGCACACUGUCCCAGAAAGCAGGGGGGAAGAAGCCAGAGGGAAGGACCUCAGAUGGUACGAAGCAGCCCUCCGUGACGGCAACCCGAUUAUAGUUUAUCUCCACGGCAGCGCGGAAAACAGAGCCUCCAGUCACAGAGUUAAGCUGAUGAAGGUCCUGAGUGAAGGUGGCUUUCAUGUGCUGGCUGUGGACUACAGAGGCUUUGGGGACUCGACCGGCAAUCCGACGGAGGAGGGGCUGACCACGGAUGCUGUGUACCUCUAUGACUGGGCCAAAGCCCACAGCGAGACCACUCCCGUCUGCCUCUGGGGUCACUCUUUGGGCACGGGAGUGGCCACAAAUGCCGGCAAAAGACUGGAAGAAAGUGGUCGUCCCGCUGCUGCCAUCAUCCUGGAGGCUCCGUUUACCAACAUGCGGGACGCGAUCGUCAGUCACCCGAUGUUAAAGAUGUACCACAAUCUGCCAGGGUUUCUACACUUGUUCUUGGAUGCCCUGAACAAGGAUAAAAUCGUGUUCCCCAAUGACGAGAACGUUAAGGUUCUGUCUUCUCCCCUUCUGAUCUUACAAGGAGAGGAUGACAAUAUCGUGCCACUGGAACAAGGGAAAAGGCUCUACGACAUUGCCCACAAUGCCUACAGAAACAAAGAGCGGGUCAAGAUCGUUAUUUUCCCCCGGGGCUUCCAGCACAACCUUCUGUGUAACAGUCCCAGCCUGCCGUGGAUUGUGAGGGAUUUUCUGAGUGAGCAGUGGAAGUAACCAGGUGCAGUAGCUAAGUGGGCAGAGAUGGGCCCAAGGUGACUCCGGACAUUUGUAUGUUUCCUCAUAUUGACCACCCCACUCAAUAAAUCACGGCUAAAACUAACCAACUGCUUUCGAUAACUGUAGGAGUGCUUUUGUCUGCUCCUCCGUAA